AGUGAGAGCGCGCUGUGAUGAUGGCGGUACGUGCACGCGCAGCAGCAGUAAUGGCUGCUUCAGAUCGGCGGAGUUCUAUCCCAGUUGAGUUCGUAGGACAAAGUUGGAGCUCCUGGAUAGAUAAGACCAACGUUUCCGCAUCGGAGGCGUCUAAUACAGAAGAAUGCAGCAAAAAUGUGAAGAAAAGGAUGGAAACUAUGACACUCAGGAAAGAAGACAUGUCAAUUUAUGGCCACUGCCCAGCGCACGACGACUUUUUCCUAGUGGUGUGCAGUCAUUGUGGACAGGUGGUGAAGCCCCAGGCAUUUGAGAAACACUGCGAGAGGCGACAUGGGCCACUCGGCAAGCUCUACGGCGACCACUCCCUGUCGAGCCCGCUGAAGCGACCUCGGCCUGGGCGUCCUCCCGGCCCGCACAGUGCCUCGCGGGAAGCACGGGAUGGCAGGUGGCAGGAGCCAGGCUCACCCAGGGCUCCACCACCGCCUGCCACACACAGGCCCACCAAAGCCCAGAAAGAGGGUGCCAGUGCAUUGCCAGGCGAUAAGCUGUCCCAGGGAACCCCGCCAUCACCACCCCACUCUUCUGCCCCUAGUCCUCGAGACCCUCCAUGGCGGCACGGGGCAGUGCAACCCAGCGCGCCCUCUCCUGGAGAGAAGCCCCUGCAGAAGGGCAUGCAAGGACCACCUGUGGAUGUUCUCAGCCCUUUACGUGGUCCUAGAACCUACAGUAGAACCUACAAGAAAGUGCACAGUAAGGGAGGAAAGGAAUUAGACCUGGACAAGCACUGUGGAGUACUUGAUCCAGAGAGGAAGAAAGUUUGCACCAGGCUCCUGACAUGUAAUAUUCACUCCAUUCACCAGCGAAGGCAGGUUGUUGGAAGGAGCAAGAAUUUUGACCAGCUGGUCACAGAGUUGAAAAUGGGUUCGAAGGCUCGGGAGCGGGCCCCUGUGCUCAGAGAAACGCUGGAAACGGAGCCCCCCUGUUCUGAGACCCCCGUGAGCCAAACCGGGCCUCCUCACUGCAAACGUCAGCCAAACCAUGUAAAUCUCAGGCCCAGGACUCCCUCGGAGAGUGCCGUGGAAGAGGAGAUGGAGGUUCCAGCAGAAGAAGAGGAGCCCACGCCGCAGCCCAACAAUCACAGUCGCCUUUCCAGCGACGAGAGCGAAGGAGAGGGCCAGGAGGAGACCCUGGACCUCCCGUUCAGUCCGUGGCAUCCCAAACCUCUUGGGUUGUGCACGUUUGGCAGUCGGGCACUGAGCUGCAGUGUCUUCACCUUCGACCGGCGGCUGCAUCAUCUGCGGUCAGCCGUGAGUGCCAUGGUCGAGCAGCACAUUAGCGCGCAUCUCUGGAAGAAAAUCCCCCAGGUGGCAGACACGCGGCCCAGCAGAACUCCAGCAGCGGUGGCAUCUGUCCCCAGCUCUCAGGACCCCUCAGGCAUCACGUCGACCCGUGCGGCUGCCUCCUCCUCGUCCUCGUCCUCGUCCUCUUCGUCUCCCGCCCUCUCCUCCCUCAGGACUAGCAGCUCCUCGCUCCCUCCGCGCGCGGGCAGGGAGAACACCUCAGGACAAUCAGAGACUAAAAGCAUCAGGCCGGCCGCCGCCGCCGCCUCGGGGCCCGGCCGGCCCAAGAACCCCGUGGGCCGGCCCAGCAAACAGCAGCUGCGCCAGCGCGAGCUGGAGCUGGAGCGGAGCCGGCGAGCGGAGGCGGGGGCCUCGCCGGGCACGGGGGCGAGGGAGGAGCCGUCGCCAUCGUCCGCCCGCGGAGGCGGCGGUGGCACGGCCAGGGGCUACGAGCGGCCGGAGGAACGCGUCUUCGUGGCCUCCCCGGACAAGUCCACCAGCCCCGCGUCUUCUCGGAGGCCCGUCAACGGGGCCCUGUCGCUUUUGGGCAAGCCACGGCCGACGGCGCACGCAGCCCAGGCGCGCUCACCCUCGCUGGCCAAGCGGCCCACGGGGCCUCCCUCCGGCCACGCACCCUCCACCCCACCGGAGCACUCCAGCAGAGGAGGAGGAGGCGGCGCAGGAACGGGAGCGGGCAGCGGCGCAGGACCACACCGGCGGCCCGACGGAUACGACCACAAGGGCUUGGGCAAGAAACGCAAGGCCAGUGGCGUCUCACCUCCCGUGACCCCCUCGCAACCCUCCAAAUCUCUGGGCCUGUCAUCCCCCUCACAUUCCAGCUUCUUCUCUUGGAAAAAGGACAGCAAAGGAGCGGCAGCCUCCCUUGGGCUGGAGAAGAAACUUGACACACAGAAGCCAAAGCUUCAUCACUGAGGCAGUCUGCCUUAAAACCACUAGGAGAAGAAGCCUACUGCCAUCUAUUGCCACAGAAUUUAUGCACAGGACAUGAUGGGCUGUACGCAACACAGCUGGGUCGAGUGUUUUGUAUGUGCGAGUGAGAGUGUGAGUGUUUGUAAAUGUGAGUGUUUAUGAAAUGUGAAUAUGAAUGAGAGCUGAUUCCCCGUGUAUGAGUACAGAUAUACCUCAAGACCUUCCUAAGAUGCUGCUAAAUAGAAAAUGUCAAUUAAUGGAAAAUGAAUUAAAUAUCCCUAACACUUGAA